AUGGCUUCCUUCCGCACAUCUUGGUCGCCAGUCUCUCGUCUGGAGAGGCUGCCGCCAGAGUUGAUGGACAUGGUGUUGUAUGAGACGGCGCUAGACCUUGCCGACAUCUCCCGCCUCUCCCGUACCAACAGGGCCCUCCAUUGGCUCUUACUUCAGCGGCUACUGGCUACGGAAAAGCUUCGAAAUCAAGCCAUGUGGUGGGCCUUGACCCAAAACCUCGACGGCCUGGUGCACAAGGCCGUUCUUCACGGCGCCCCCGCUAGCACACACUUCAGAUAUGCGAGGUGGACUGCCCUAGGGGCCAGGGUCGAGGGAACAGGGCAGGAAAACCUGACGCUCGACCUUGCUGCGAUGCACAAGAGCGCCGGAGCGUUCCAUCGCUUGAUCGAGGUCGGCACCCGCGUUGACUGCCUCGGGGCUGACGGUAGGCGCCUAGCCCGCCACAUCGUCUGUCCGACCUCCACCGAGUUUCUCCGAAUCUUCCUCGAUAACCCAGGUCCCAGAGCAGCCGACGGCCUCGAGAUGGUCGCAGACACACCGCCGCUCGUCUCCCAGCUGCAACAAUACCAGCUCGACGAGAUGCUCUACCGAGUGGUCGAUAUGCAGAACUACCGCGAAGACCGAUACGGUACAUGCACUUGGACUGCCUCCUCUUGUCUCGAUUUCGCCAAGAGGCUUCUUAGUGCUGGUGCCCGCCCGAAUCCGAACUGGAUCUUCCUCGAGGAGCCUAGCAGUCAAGAGGACCAUGACCGCCAGCACCGCGGCAUCUUUCUGCCCACACUCUCGGUGGCCAUCAUGACGCGGUCUGCUAGCCUCGUCCGCCUCCUGUUGGACAGCGGCGCCAGUGUGGAUGCGCUGGAUCGCAAGUUCUUCGCCAUAAGAGAAGAUUAUAAGCAACUAUAUGGCGGGCAGCACGAUCCGUACCUGCGCCUGGACCGCUUGUAUCGUCCACGCCUUGCGUACCACGGCCCAAUGUUCGCAGUCGCGUACGCCCUGGCCCGGGGCCUAUACAGAGACGACGGUGCUUCGGUGCGCGCCACGGAGUUCCAGCAACUGGUAGACAUCGCAAACAUGUGUCUUGCACGAGGAGCCAAACUCGCAGUUAGACUGCCCGUACAGGUUGAGUGGGUCAUGCGGUACUACACGCCGCUGAUGAUCUACCUCUCCGCGGUGCGUGACUGGACACCAUGCCGCGACACCCAGCCAGGCUCAGACGCUAUCCAACGGCUCCGGUAUCUGCUUGAGCUUGAUGCCAACCCGGCUGUGAUCGAGGAGGAUAUCGCUACUGAGAGGCUGCCUUGGAUUGGAAUACACCGUUCUGGCGAGAACAUACUGUCCAUGAUGCCUAGCCCAAGAGAUAUUCCAAUGGAACUGGAGAUAUCACCUGCCCAGAUUCUUCUGGGGUCUUGGUCCUGUCAGAGCUCGGCAAUCCCUCCACUCAUCCUGCCUCUCAAGCUUCUGCUAGGGCCCAAGGGCUGGCAGACAGAUGGCAUCCGCCCGUUCGACUUGCUAGCUAGCUACAGAUAUGGCUCCCUCAUUAGGCGACCUUCCGACGCCGACAUCUCGGCCUGGAAUUCCAUCCUGACCGACGUAAUCCAGGACAUGAGCCCCUCGGACCUCAACAGGUUCCUCGCCGACUACAUCAUCCUUAAGGCGACUUGCGAUGACAGUGGCGGCGACGAGGCGUCUGUCACUCCCUACUCGUCCGGCGACUCACCCGGCUAUGACGCCGACGACGGCCUCGUGAGGCCGACGAUCCGACGACUAGUCGCUGCUGGGGCCGACGUGAACCACCUCGUCGGCGGCGAGGGAGGGGCGACGCCGCUGAAGUGCAUAUGCUUCUGGAUCUUGAGUAUUAACUGCCGUCCCGGGGUCGUGUGGGACAGCGACUCCCCCAACGUCUUUGGCUUGAUGUGGCCGAGGGUGAGGCUGCUCCACUUCCUAAUCAACGAAUGCGGCGCCGACCCCGCGACCGACUGCCAAGGCUGGACGCUCCCGAACUUCCUGGUAAGGGUACUGGAGGGAGAAGAUACAGACUCCGAGUAG